AUUUGUUGAAUGGAGUAUAGUAAAUACAAUGAAAUAGUAAAAUUUGUUGUCAGUAAUACCAAUAGUUACCUCACAUAAUCCCUAUAGACACUAUAGACGAACGAAUGUAAAUGUAAUUAUUUUAUAAUACGCUCUUAAGUUAUUAAUAAACAAAAGUAACACAAUUAUUUAUGAAAGCUAUUAAAGGCAUGCGUUCAAUUAGAAGCUUCGAUUAACUAAAUUUAUUCAUUAUUUUACAUCCCCAUUAUUGCACCUUUAUAUGAAUUUAAUUGCGAGACCUAAAACUACUUAAAACCUUAAUUUUAUCUAUCUACUUUUCUCAGAAAAUAUUAUGCUCGGUAAUUAUAUACAUAUUUUGUUUGAGGAAGAAUCGCAAUAAUUAGAAAUGAUUGGAAAAAGUAGGUCAACAGAUGAUUUUUUCCUGGGCUUAAACAUAAACGCAGUUUUCACAAAAUAGAUGGCAGUAAAUCUCGAUGGAGGGAUGUCCCGUUUUGUAUAAAGCGGAUGUUGCAUAUUUUUAAAACCAAAUACCAUCGAUUUUUUUGACUGAAGAUUGAUCCUAGUGGUUAUGUGUCACAUAAUUCGAUGUGUGAUACGAACAGCUUUACAGUAAUUUUCUUAUUUCACCACGUGGAAUUCCACAACUCCUCGAAAUUCUGCCGAUAGAGUUACAUUUAAAUGGAUCCUCUGCUUUCAUCAACUUCAAAAAGAUACCGUAAAGAGGCCAGUAUUAAUAUCCCAAUAAUAGAAUGCAAGCGGGAAUUCACCUUGCCACACAAAUUUCCAAGUACGGUCAACUUGUCUAAAUGUAGUUCAGUAUUUAAAGAUCGCGGAAGGAUUACUAUUACUAAUACAGAAGUGCAAAGUAAUGUGAGUGGAAUUAAGAAUAAAAAGGCGCUGCCUACUAAUGGUAUAAAGAAAUUGAGGAUAAAAACAAAAGAUGGCAAAGAUCUGGGAGAAGUUAAAGUACAAAUUUUGACUCAGAAGAAUUUACUAAAUAUCCCAAAGAUUACUAAGGUCCAGCAAGGUAGAAAUUAUGUAAAAAAUAAUGGUACCACUUUUUCUGUCACUUCACAAAAUAAUAUUAGUGCAUUAUUAAAACCAUUAGGAUCUCAGUUACAUGCAGAAGCACAGAAAUCUACUACGGGAUCAUCUUGCUACACAAAACCACAUACACAGUUUGUUGUAAAGCCUGUUUCUUGUAGUGAAUUAUCGGCAUCUGUCAAAUAUAAAGCGCCUGUAACUCAAAAUAAAAGCAAGAACGUAGUUCAAAAGCACUAUGUCUUGGCUAAAGUGAAUAAAAUGGAUCAAAGUAACAAAAUGUUACUAUUAAAUGAGAAUAGGCACAACUUUUUUCAAAAUAUUCCAGGUGUUGCAGAAAAAAAUACAGAACCAGGAAAGAAUAAUAUAGUAUUAGUAAAUAAACAAAAGAAUACAGAGGAAUGUAUUGUCAAAAAUAAUGAGAAAAGUAGAGGAAAUGAAAAUAAUAAUGUUUCAAGAAAAACAAAUAUAUCAAAUAAUAGAAACUCAAUAAUUCAAUUAGCAAAAUCAAAGUUUCCAGUAGUAAGAUGUGAGAAGUUAAAAAUCUCUCCAACUAAAGUUAGUACCAAUAAAAUCACUGUACCUCCUGAAAAAACAAAGAAAAGAAAACAACAUUCUAAUUUGGGUGGAUGGAAUCAUUCUGCAAAAAAGAUUAUUCUAUCAAAUAGUAAUUCUUGUAGUCCAAAUAGUAGUGAAAUUCAAAAACUUACAAGUAUUUUAAAAAAACCAGCAAAUUCUAUACCAAAAAUACUUGAUAAUAAUAAAAAUGAUGAUGAUAAGGAUGAUGUUAUGAUUCUAUGUGAAAAAAAUACAACUAUAGGCCAAUAUUAUAAUAAUACACAAGAGAAAAAUUGUACUUCAGUACUUGUAAAUAACAAAAAUGUUGAUAAGAAUACUCAAGGUAUAUUUAUUGAGAUAGGAAAUAAGCCAAAGUUUUGUAAAAAUAAGAAUCAGAAUAAAAUAAAAGCUGAAGAAACUGAAGACAAUGAGGAAAAUGGAAAAUUAUCAGAGUGUUUAAAUGUAAUUAAAGAAGCACUAAUUAGUGUAAAAGAUGAUCAACUUCGAGCUAAAGCUUUGCAUGCCCUUGCAGAAUGUGGAAUAGGUAUAGCAAAGCAAGUCCCAAUUAUUCCACCUGAAAUAUUAAGAACAGUUCAUGAUUCUCAAAUUCAAACUGAUGUAUUUGGACUUCUUGAUAGUGAAAGUUUUGUAUUAGUGAAAGAAAAUAUACCUACCGUAGAAAGAAUAAAGCAAACAGAAUGUUCCACUGUUACUUUUCCUCCUGUUAUGCAAGAAGUACACACGCAAACAGAAAAGGAAAUACAGUGCAAACCUAAAGUUAAUAAUAAUAUCAACAACAUAGAUUUGUUCCCCAUGUGUAUACAGAAUACAAUACCUUUACAAAAUACACUAGACUUUGAUAAUUGCUUUAAUGAACUUUUUAAUAAUAAUACUGAUGUGAACAGGGUGAAGGAAGUAUUGUCAACACCUCAUUCCUUAUGUAAAAAAGUUGCUAUACAAAUAGAAAGAGACUAUAAUGAAAUGCAGCAUUAUGAUGAUAAUGGGAUGUUGAAUAUACAUCGAGCUGUGGUGAAUGACCAAUUAAACGAAGUGCAAAGAUUACUGUUAAUUUUAGAAGCUUCAAAAACUAGUAUUGAUGUAUUAACAGAAGAUGGAAGGACAAGUUUGGAAUUAGCAAUUAUGAAUGAAGCAUCUAAAGACAUAGUGAAAUUGUUAUUAGAAGCUGGAGCAAAACCAAUUUUAUCAGAACUUGCUCAUGACUCUGCAGUACUUUUAGCCUGCAAACAAUCAUCACCAUUUUUAUCAUAUCUUUUGAGUUAUGUAACAGAACCUAAACUGCUAAAUAGAGAGGAUUCAACAGGAAUGGCUCCAUUGCAUUAUUGCGCAUUAAAAGGCAAUUUAGAUGGAAUUAAUGCUUUAGUAGAAAUGGGAGCAGAAGUAAAUCUGAAGGAUCAUCGCUCAGGAAGAACGCCAUUCUUCCAUGCUCUUGAAAAUAAUCAUAUGCUAGUCGCACAAAAGUUAUUAGAAUGUGGCGCCAUGGCGGAUAUAGUAAACUUUUCUGGGCAAUCUGUUCUAUGUUUAGUAGAUGAAACAAAAAGUCUUUCAUUCAAAGCAUUAGUUAAGCAAAUAGUAAUUUAAUUCUACCAGAGCCGCAAAUUUAUUUCUAGAGUCAUUAAUGAUAAAUGUGUAACUAAACAUCACAAUGAAAUGUAACUCCACGAUUUAUAUAGGUACGUAUUUAAAGACUGUUACAGUAGUGUUACGUUAACUGGCCGGAAUUUUGUUUCGUUAAGUGACCAUUACCCUCCAAUUCAUAUAUCGAAUUUCGUGGAAUGGACCUAUAUAUAUAUAUAUAUAUAUACACAUAAAUAAAUAAAUAUGUAUAUAAGGGAUAUUUUGUAAAAUAUUUCUCUGAAUAAUUGGUAUAAGAUUUCGAUCCGUGAACAGUUAGCGAACCACUACUGUAUUUGUAAAAUGAAUGUGUGUAACAUACAUUAAUUAUUUUAUUAACACGUUGAAUGCCAUGAGAGUCACUGGUGAUCGGCAUUCGACUUGGCCGUGGGGGUCACCAAAUAUUCGACGCACCAAGAUUAGUAGAAAUAUAUAAUUUGAACAAAUGUCAAUAGUUAUAAACUUUUUAUUAUUACCAUCAUUACUACAGUGGCGUGACGAAAUCAAUGCAGUAUAAAACAUAGAAAAAUAGUUUUAUUUAUAUAUGAAAUAUAGAUCUAAUAUGUGCGCCUCCCACCAGUGGCUGUCGAACAUGAGAAAAACCUGCUUUUUCCGUGUUUUACCUUAAUGAACAAUAACCCUAAGGAACGUUUCUACUUGAAAGAUGUUUGAUGGCAAUUAAGAGCCUUGAUGGUUUAAUGGUUUAUGGUAGGUCCUGGAACGUAGCAACAUAGAACAAUUAUUUAGCAACGCGAAGAAACAAUAUGAAAUAAUUGAUAAGCGCAAAAAAAUAAGUGAAUCGAGCGAAAUUGCACUACAGCGUCAUGAGGGUUACCGGUGACCUCAAUGAGAUAAAUUCAUUAAUGAAGAUUGUACACCGUAACAUAUUUCUUGUAGAUAAUAUUACAAAUUUAUAUGUAUCGCAUAAUAAAAAAUUUACCAUGGCGCCAGGACCAACCUUUAUAAAACUGGUGUGGCAUUCAACGUGUUAAAUUGUAUACAAAUAGUUAUAAAAUUUCUGAUAAAAAUAGAAAAUUCUAGAAAAUAUUUCUUACGUAUACAUCAUAUUUUUCGUUUUAUUACGUUAAUUUAUACUUUUUUGUUGUUGAAAACAAUAGUUUGCUCGUUAUUGUUGACACAUUUUGGACAAAUUGAAUUUUAUAAGCGAAGAGAAUCACUGCCAAUCAUUGUAAUCUUUUAUUGAAUCGUUCUUGGUAUGUCAAGGGUAAGAUUUAAUAAAUAUAAACUAAUUAAAUAUUUAUUGUUACUUAGAUGGAAGAAAUGCAAAUUAGAAUAGUAUAUUACAUGCAGUCUUAACAUCAGAUUAACCCCUUAAACUACAACGUCGAGCUAGACUUGUGGGUACGUCUUUCAGCGCAAACAUACGAAACACGAAUUAGAAUUGUGGUACGUCUUUCGAACUACAUGCGACAAACAUUUUUUUUUCUUGGCCGCAUUCGGAUGUGCAGAUAUAUUUUCUUGAAAAAUAUUAGAAAGAUACCCUUAAAAAUCUUGUUCAAUGAUCAAUUGGUAAUAAUUAUUUAUCAAACAUAUUGCAACAUAAAAUUAGUUGCACCUUGUACAACUUCGAACGCUCAGCCAGACCAUGAAAUAGUUCGACAUCUGACCGACCCUGCCGAUGGUUACAGCACGCGCAGUUAGAAUUUAAAUCGUAGGGCAAGGGGUUAAUGAUUAAUGUCUAAUAAUGUAAGAGCUAUAUGUCUCUAUAUAGUAUAAGUAUCUAUAAGAUUUAAAUAAAUAUUAUAUUUUUAAAUUGCUCUCAUCAA